AGGGCAAUGUUUCUCAUCCAGAAGGAUCGGUGCCGAGGGCGAGGUUUCUCAUCCAGAAGGAUCGGUGCCGAGGACGAGGUCGCUCAUCCAGAUGGAUCUGUCCCCAGGACGAGGUCGCUCAUCCAGAAGGAGCUGUCCCAAGGGCGAGGCCGCUCAUCCAGAAGAAGCUGUCCCGAGCCCAGGGCGAGGCCGCUCAUCCAGAAGAAGCUGUCCCGAGCCCAGGGCGAGGCCGCUCAUCCAGAAGAAGCUGUCCCGAGCCCAGGGCGAGGCCGCUCAUCCAGAAGAAGCUGUCCCGAGCCCAGGGCGAGGCCGCUCAUCCAGAAGAAGCUGUCCCGAGCCCAGGGCGAGGCCGCUCAUCUAGAAGAAGCUGUCCCGAGCCCAGGGCGAGGCCGCUCAUCCAGAAGAAGCUGUCCCGAGCCCAGGGCGAGGCCGCUCACCCAGAAGAAGCUGUCCCGAGCCCAGGGCGAGGCCGCUCACCCAGAAGAAGCUGUCCCGAGCCCAGGGCGAGGCCGCUCACCCAGAAGAAGCUGUCCCGAGCCCAGGGCGAGGCCGCUCACCCAGAAGAAGCUGUCCCGAGCCCAGGGCGAGGCCGCUCAUCCAGAAGAAGCUGUCCCGAGCCCAGGGCGAGGCCGCUCAUCCAGAAGAAGCUGUCCCGAGCCCAGGGCGAGGCCGCUCAUCCAGAAGAAGCUGUCCCGAGCCCAGGGCGAGGCCGCUCAUCCAGAAGAAGCUGUCCCGAGCCCAGGGCGAGGCCGCUCAUCCAGAAGAAGCUGUCCCGAGCCCAGGGCGAGGCCGCUCAUCCAGAAGAAGCUGUCCCGAGCCCAGGGCGAGGCCGCUCAUCCAGAAGAAGCUGUCCCGAGCCCAGGGCGAGGCCGCUCAUCCAGAAGAAGCUGUCCCGAGCCCAGGGCGAGGCCGCUCAUCCAGAAGAAGCUGUCCCGAGCCCAGGGCGAGGCCGCUCAUCCAGAAGAAGCUGUCCCGAGCCCAGGGCGAGGCCGCUCAUCCAGAAGAAGCUGUCCCGAGCCCAGGGCGAGGCCGCUCAUCCAGAAGAAGCUGUCCCGAGCCCAGGGCGAGGCCGCUCAUCCAGAAGAAGCUGUCCCGAGCCCAGGGCGAGGCCGCUCAUCCAGAAGAAGCUGUCCCGAGCCCAGGGCGAGGCCGCUCAUCCAGAAGAAGCUGUCCCGAGCCCAGGGCGAGGCCGCUCAUCCAGAAGAAGCUGUCCCGAGCCCAGGGCGAGGCCGCUCAUCCAGAAGAAGCUGUCCCGAGCCCAGGGCGAGGCCGCUCAUCCAGAAGAAGCUGUCCCGAGCCCAGGGCGAGGUCGCUCAUCCAGAGGGAACUGUCCCAAGGGCGAGGUCGCUCAUCCAGAGGGAACUGUCCCAAGGGCGUGGUCGCUCAUCCAAAGGAUCUGUCCCAAGGGCUAGGAUACUCAUCCAGAAAGAGCUGUCCCAAGGGCGAGGUCGCUCAUCCAGAAGGUGUCCCGAGGACGAGGUCGCUCGUCCAGACACAGCGUUACCGAGGGCAAUGUCGCUCAUCCAGAAGGAGCUGUCCCAAGGGCGAGGUCGCUCAUCCAGAAGGAGCUGUCCCAAGGGCGAAAUUGCUCACCCAGAAGUUGUCCCAAGGGCGAGGUCGCUCAUCCAGAAAGAGCGGUCUCAAGGGCUUUGAGGGUGAGUUUGUAUCCAAAUGUAUCGUUCCCAGGGUUUGAAACAUGAAACCCAUUGAAACAAAAGGUAAACAUUUUAUGGAAAAAACGUUAUGGAGAGGCAUGAAGAAUGGAUAGGAUGAUUUUUUGGCGGUGAAGUCGCUCAUCCAGAAGGAGCUUUUCCGAGGGUGAAGUUACUCUUUCAGAAGGAGCUUUCAAGGGCGAGGUCUCUCUUCCUGAAGGAUCGGUCCCAAGGGCAAGGUUGCUCAUCCAGAAGGAUCGGUCCCAAGGGCAUGGUUGCUCAUCCAGAAGGAUCGGUCCCAAGGGCAUGGUUGCUCAUCCAGAAGGAUCGGUCCCAAGGGCAAGGUUG